CCGGAGAGGACACAGGAGACACAGGAGACACAGGAGAGGACACAGGAGACACAGGAGAGGAGCGACGUCCCUUCACAUCACACCGGAGUCCCGCUGCAGCAGAGACCAACAAACCCAGAGAGCCCAUCAUCAUCAUCAUCAUCAUCAUCAUCACCUUCAUCAUGUCGGUACCGCAGCCACGCGAGGCAGCAUCCCCCCUUCAGCUAUGCAGGAUCAUGCGGCCAGACGACGCCAACAUUGUGGGCAACGUCCACGGAGGCAUGAUCCUGAAGAUGAUCGAGGAAGCCGGAUGCAUCGUUGGCACGCGACACUGCAACGCACAGAACGGGGAUCGCUGCUUGGCAGCUCUGGUCCGGGUGGAGAAAACCGAGUUCCUGUUCCCCAUGUUCAUUGGCGAGGUUGCCCACGUCACGGCUGAGAUCACGUACACCUCUAAGCACUCACUGGAGGUGCAGGUCAAAGUCCUGGCUGAAAACAUCCUGACAGGUGCCAAAAAGCUGGCCAACAAGGCAGCGCUGUGGUAUGUCCCCUGCUCGCUGCAGAAUGUCAACAAGGUCAUGGAUGUGCCGCCCAUCAAGUAUGCCAGUGAAGAACAAGAGGAGCAGGGCAGAAAGCGCUACGAGGCUCAGAAGCUGGAGAGACUGGAGACCAAAGCGAGGACUGAAGAGAUGGUGCCACCUCCCCCCAACCCAGAACAACACACAGUUGGUUUCAGCCAGUCCAGUCUGAUCCAUUUGGUCGGCCCCUCUGACUGCACCAUACACAACUACGUUCAUGGCGGUGUGACCAUGAAGCUGAUGGAUGAGGUCGCCGGCAUUGUGGCAGCACGGCACUGCAACACCAACAUUGUCACUGCCUCUGUGGAUGCCAUCAACUUCCAUCGCAAGAUCAACAAAGGCUGUGUGGUGACGGUCACGGGGAGGCUCACAUUCGUCAGUAACAAGUCUAUGGAAAUUGAAGUGUUGGUCGAUGUUUCCUCGCUGGUGGAGGCAGAUAAAUUUCGCGCCGUCUCUGCCUUCCUCACCUUCAUCUCCCUGGACAAGGACAACAAACCUCUGCCUGUCCCUCCUCUUAAGAUUGACGGAGAGGAGGAGCAGAGACGUUUUGAGGAAGGCAAAGCACGUUACCUCCAGAAUAAAGCAAAGAGACUGGCAGAUAAGGAGCGCCAGCAGUGACGCCGCUGCUCACCAGUAAACCCAGUAUCAACCCCACACAACACAUCCAGUAUGAAGGAAAUAAAAACUGUAGAAUCCUGUUAAACAUAAACCUGUGAUGAUUUGUUCCCUGUGCUAUGCACCAAAGUUUCCACAUAUGGUUGUAUAUGUAUUCAAAAUGAAGAGUACAUCUUUUAUUUUGGGGAUAUUUUUAUUCACGUAUGAAGACUAUUUAUGAUCCAAAGUGGCAGUCUGACUGUAUAAGUAUGAAAAUUAUUUUAUUUGAAGAAGAUUUGAGUAUGAAGACUUCAUGUUUGGUGUCAGUGCAAAGCGAUAGUCUGAGUGCAAGAAAAAUGAUGAAUAAAAGAUACAAGCGUGAGUCCGGGGCUCUCGCCUCAUGUCCUUGCUAGUUUGAUGAUGAUGAUGAUGAUGAUGAUGAUGAUGAUGAUGAUGAUGAUGAUGAUGUCAUUGUCUUGGGCAUGCCUUGGCAGAGAGGGCACACGCUAUCCAUCUUUUCAGCACAGUGUCUUUCACGGAGAAAUCAGGGGAGCUCGGGGGCUUUGACUCAACUAGCGUCUCUCCCACGCCUGCCCUUCCUCUCCUCCUCCUCUGCUAGUCUGUCACACUCUGACUCCAGCCAUCACUCUGCCUUAACGUUCUCUCUUUGCCAUCUCCUGCUCACCGUCAUGGCCUCAUCCAUCUUAAUUUUUUUGCAACGUCACUUUCUUCCUCCUCUCAUUCACUCUAUUUGUCCCUCUGUCUCCCCUGGUCCUCUCACUGUCUUACUCCCUUUGUCUCCAUAUGAGAUGUGAGGACUCAUAGAAAGAAAUGUGUCUGUAUGGGCAUCUUUCUCUCUGCUUAUGGCAUGGGUCUGUGCAUGUGUGUACAACAAAGAAAGAUC